AUGGGAGGAGAUGAUGAGACCCAUUCCGACGUCGAUAACCACCAACCAGUUACGAAGGCACGGAAAUUCGAUGAAUCAUCGUCACCGGCACACAGGUCGGCGAGGAGGCCACCACUUCCACCAAUCUUGAAGUCUGAAUCGGAGACAGAUUCUGGAUCGCAUUCUGACUGCCCAAUAUCCAUUAUUGCCUUGGCGGAGAAAUCUUCACCAGCACACAGGAGGAUGAGGACGAGGAGAUCAUCACCGCCACCAAUCUUCAAGUCGAAGUCGGAGUCCGAGUCAGAGACAGAGACGGAGUCCGAGUCGGAAUCGGAGUCGGACAUCGAGGGGGAUUUAUGGUUUCCUAGGGUUACCACAAAGUCGAGGACAAGAAGAGAUACCAAAAGGAAGUCCAUGAGAGGUUUUUUGGUGACUACUUGUCCUGUCCGUCUCAUAAAUUCAUGUUUCAUUCCUUGGACGCACAUGAAAAAAACUCAAUACUCAACCCCCGAGCAAAUCGUUGAAUGGUGUGGGGAAUGUCUUGCAGUUUUCAACAGAACUCAUGAUCAGAAACCAGGGUACAAAGCAUUUGAGUUUGAUGAAGUAGAGUACAUCACAUGUAUCCCUGUGGCUUUUGGUUAUCGUGGAUUCUACAUUACCUUCAAGGGCAAAGCUCAGCCGGUUGAUGAUUCAUCCAGCAUCAUCUCUGAAGUCUUUCGAGCUCGGUAUGGCACUCUUAAACGUCCACCCGCAGAUGGACUUGUGGUAGGGGUGCUCUCUUGUGAACUUAAAAGUGAGCAUCAAUCCAGAGUUGACAAGAAGUUAGCGAAGUUAGCAAAGGAUGGUGAGCGUUGCCUUUUUCCUUGCUGCUUUAAACGUGUUCUUUGUGACCAUCCUUCCUGCAUUGACGAAGGUGAGUUCAGUUAUUUGAAUGGGUCGGAGUGCACGCAAGUGAAAGAUGCCAUGGCACCUGGGUUAAGUGGGUUAGAUUUUGGGAACUUGAAGUAUUUGAAAGAAUUGGAGCUGAGUAGAGUACCUUCCAGGCCACCUUCCUUUCCUGUUUUGGGUGACGUGGCUGCUCUGAAGAGCUUGACUGUUGGUCAUUCUUCGAUCAGCUACCUUCCUCCUGAAAUUGGCCAUCUAUUCUCAUCCAAAUUGGCUGCAUCACCGAAUGGAAGCCCAGAUGUCCGCAUCUUGCAAUUGGCCAUAUUUAUGGAUUUCAUAAAAGGAGAUGUGGCAUUUUCAUUGAUGAAACUGAAUGAUAGGAACAUUAUUCAGCUGGACAUAAAGAGUGAAAAUGUUUUUACCGACUCCCUCUUCGUGUUAGCUUACAUUCAUGUUUUAUUGCUCGAACUGAUAUACCUCCUCUGGAAGUUUGUGUUGGAAUCCACGUUGGACAGCCUCAGAGGUGCUCUAAGCCUAGACCAAACACAGCUUGUAUGA